UCUGUUUGUGCUUAUCUUUCUGUCACAACAAAAUCUCUGUCAGCAAAGAGAAAUAGAGAAUAUUGGCAAAUUUCAGACUUCACAUAUAGUUAAUGAGUAGAAACAUAAAACUAACCUCUUCUCCAUUUGAACGAAAAAUUGUAAAACAACUACAAAAAUUUUAAAGUUCUUAUAAUGUGAAAAAAAUUACAUGCAUCGAGGACAAAAUAUUGGAUACUCUUUUUUUUCUGAAAGGUUCAAAUAAACUUCUCAAAUGCCUUCAGCAACAGGCGUGGGUCAACAGAAGGGUGGGCCUAAUAUGCCCAACAAUGAGGAAUGUGGAAUACGAGAUGUAUGGGGACACAAUCUAGAAGAAGAGUUUCGAGCGAUACGUCAAGUAGUACAACAAUAUCAGUAUAUAGCAAUGGACACAGAAUUUCCAGGAGUUGUCGCAAGACCGAUUGGUGAAUUUAGGACGAGUGCAGACUAUCAAUAUCAACUUUUACGUUGUAAUGUAGACUUACUGAGGAUUAUACAACUUGGUCUCACAUUUUUAGAUGAGACAGGUAACACACCAGGCGGUAGUUACACAACGUGGCAGUUCAACUUUAAAUUCAAUCUUCAAGAGGAUAUGUAUGCACAAGAUAGUAUAGAUAUGUUGCAAAACAGCGGUAUACAAUUUAAAAAACACGAAGAAGAAGGAAUCGAUCCUUUAGAUUUUGCGGAACUUUUAAUGACAUCUGGUAUUGUUCUAAUGGAUGACAUUAAAUGGCUAUCGUUUCAUUCUGGCUAUGAUUUUGGAUAUCUUUUGAAACUUCUUACUGAUCAAAAUUUACCACAAGAAGAAAGUGAAUUCUUCGAUUUACUUAGGAUAUACUUUCCAACAAUUUAUGAUGUUAAAUACCUCAUGAAAUCUUGUAAAAAUUUAAAAGGUGGACUACAAGAAGUGGCGGAACAGUUGGAACUUCAAAGAGUUGGUCCACAGCAUCAAGCAGGUUCCGAUUCUUUAUUGACGGGCAUGGUAUUUUUUAAGAUGCGUGAGAUGUUCUUUGAGGACAAUAUCGACGAUGCAAAAUACUGCGGUCACUUGUACGGAUUGGGGACGUCGUUUGUCGUAAAUGGUUCUGGCGGCUAUCUCGAGAGCAACGGGGAAAAUACAUCGUCCUCGUAAUUAUUGAGGAGCAUUACAUCACAUCACACACACACACAUACACAUCCCCCAAACAUACACGCGACACAGUACUAGCGAAUAAUGAAAAAAAAAAAAAAACAACAAAAAUGUGUUCGCUCCGCUCAAUUCUGGAUUUUCGGGACAAUUUUCAGUGAACGAAGCGAACCACGAACAAUUUUCGAUGCAUUUUCUUAUUUUCAUUUUUUUUUUUUUGUUCUUUUCUUU